UCGUCAGCGGUUUUGCAAAAAAGUCCUUCUGUUUUCGGCUAUUCAACCCGCGGUCCUUUUGUGAGUUAAAAAACGUUCCCAUCUACCCUAUCCGCACGAGAACACGACGCCGGUGCCAAGGAGGAGGAGGAGGAGGUGGUGGACGAGGAGAUCGCCGCGGACUCCGACGGCGCUGCGGUCCCCGUCCGGCACGUCUCCGGCGGGUACGCCCCCUCGCCCUUCUUCCCCGACUCGGACUUCGGGGGCAGGGACGACGACGGCCCCGUCCUGCCCCCGCUGGCCCCAGUUGCAGUAGAGACGGACUCGCCCUGGAACAACAAGAGCAAGAGUCAAACCUGAUGGCGCUGUGCUCUCUCAUUAGUAGGAUGCCGGCACUCGGUCUCAGGUCGCCGUCGAUGGUCCCCCUUAUGGGGUUCGUCCCCGUCCGGGCGCUGUCGUCGGCGGCGGGUUCUCGGCUUAUCUCCCAUCGAUCCGCGGCAACGGUAGAUCGCUUGCGUCCGGAUAUUUAUUCUGAAGAUGAGAUGGCUAGAGUACGGGAGACAAUAAAACGCCUGCGCGCAAAGGCUGACCAGAUCCGCAUUGAGUCAAAGAAAAAGUACGCCGAGGGCUUGAAGAUGAUUGAGAUGACCGACCAAGUCAUGGCUACAGCUGAAGCUUCUUAUAAUGAAGCCGCAAGGCGGAUCGGUUGCUCCAAUCUGCAAUCCAAAGGGCUUGUCCUCCCAGCAAGAUGAUGGUUCUCAAGGUGUCAAAGUGAUACCAUCAUUGGAUGACCUUCUAGAGGAUAUCUGUCGACGUAUUCAUGCCCGAAUGCCACUGCGAGACGCUGCCCACUUGGGUUGUGCAUCACACACAUUUUGGAGAUCAUGGAGAUGCUAUCCCAACCUUGACUUACGUCAGAAAACACUAGGUUUGGAUGGAGAUCACAUCAGCAAAGUUGACCAUAUUCUGAAAAAUCACUCGGGCAUUGGCAUGAAGAAACUAAGGAUUGAACUUUUUGACUGUGACAAGGUUGAUUCCUGUUAUAUCAGUAGUUGGCUUCGUAUUGCUGUUACAGCAGGAAUUGAAGAACUCACCCUUUAUCUGCCAGCUGUCCCUGAGGACGAAGCAUACUACAGUUUCCCAUGCUCGCUUUUAUUUAAUGGGAGUGAAAACUCGAUUCGGUAUCUUGACAUAGGCAUCUGUGCCUUUCGUCCCACGGUUGGGCUUGGUCACUGGAGAAGCUUGACAAUCUUAUAUCUGAGGAAUGUGCUGAUUGCUAACAAUCAGCUAGAGGGCCUUCUUUACAAUUGUGCUGCAUUGGAGCAUUUGGGACUCCUGAAUUGCCCUGAGAUAGUUUGCUUGAAGAUACCUUGUCUGAUGCGGCGGCUUAGGGUCCUGAGAUUGACUGUAUGCAGAAAUCUGCAAAUGAUAGACAACAGUGCUCCAAAUAUCUUCAUUUUUGACUUCUCUGGUAGCUUAGUAUCAAUUUCAUUAGGAAGUGCAUUGCAAGUAAAUAAUGUGUGCAUGGAGUGUUUAGAAUUCGGUCAGUCCAACAUCGUCUUGCAUGCUCGGACCAAGCUUCUAACCUAUGCGCCAAAUGUUGAAACGCUUGUCAUAUCCUCGCUUAAUGAGGUAUAUUCUGAACGUUUAGAUGAGUAUAAGGGGUUGGGCAUCAUGGCCCGACGACGACAGGGUCAACGGGGAGCUCAAGUGUGAGAAAUGGACUGGGGAUGAUCGCGCCAAGUCAGAGGAAUAAUCAUCAAACGUAAAUGCCUGCUCGACAGCUUGAUCGGCAAGCCGGGGAGGAGCUUCAAGGCAACAUGGCUAGCAGGCUUCACGCCAACACAUUCUACGGUUUUCUUCCCAUAUCUAAAGUUAUUUAUGUAAGAAAUCUUGACAAUUUACUGGACGUCCAAUCUCUAUAAGAUGGGCAUUGCUUGAUUCCCUAUUUGAUGUAAAUCCAUGAACAAAUAAGUUUAUGAACAUGUUCCUAUUUGCUCCA